CAACAAUUUGGCAACGGUGCUUCGUACCCACCUGAAGGGGUAUUUGCACGCUGACAACUCAAGGCAACGUAAUAAAAUGAUAACUCGUCUUUACGCACCCUUAGUCUUGGUGGUGACGGCACGCGAGGUGCACGGCUGAAUAUUAUUUUGACACCUGCGCUCCCUUCCGUGACAACAGCAGACUUCAUUCCGGCAUAGACACCAGUCUCAACAGGCGACCUGCGCUGAAUAUAUAAAUAUCUAAAGAGCCCUUAAUUAAGAUGUUAUCUAAACACUUUAAAAAGUUCAGUAACGAGAAGGAGGCAGUUGCUUUUUUACGAAGAAAAGGCCUUUUGGAUAAGGGCGCUGUUGCACCAUGUCCUCGCUGUGGUGGAGAAAUGAAGGAAACUAAAAGAAAGGAGAGAAACAGCGAAAUCAAGCCUACUCUCCGUUGUAAUGCCAGAGACUGCCAAACUUUUCGUCAAAUCCGCAAUGUAACCGUUAUUUGCUAUUUUAAUUACUUAAAUAACAGAGUAGGUUGCAAGUUUUCUCUAAGCCAAAGUUUGGAAUUAAUUUUCUACUUUACUCAAGAUAUUCCAUGUGAUUCGGUACAUGAAUUAACAGAUAGAGGUACCAAAGAAAUCUGUGACUGGUUUAAUAUGUGUCGUAAGGUUUGUUCACAAAUUGUUUCCGUUAGCAAUCGUGGAAAAAUGGUAGGCACAGAAGAAGACCCAGUGCAAAUUGACAUAGCGUGGUUCGUGGGACGCCCACAACACCACAGAGGUAGAAUGAUGCAAGAUCAUGUUCCAGAAUCAAAUGACAGCAACACUGAAGUAGAAAACACCCGAAACCAUGGAGGACUUAUUGAUGGUCCUUGGGUCUUCGGAUUGAAGAAAGGUGGCGACUGCCGCUAUUUUUACGUGCAAAGAAGAAAUCGUGAAACACUGGAACACAUAAUUCAGAGAGAAGUUGAGGAAAAUUCGGUUAUCGAUUUUGAUGACUGGCCUACAUAUUCUGAUUUAAAUCGUUUAAAUUACCGUCAUUUAACUGUUAACCAUCAACGACAUUAUGUUGAUCCAAACACAGGAGCAAACACUCAGGCAAUUGAAAGAAGCUACCUAGAUUCAAAGCUAAGUCACAUUUUGAAAAAAAUUAAAAGAGUAAACGAAACAACCUUCCAAUCACACCUUGAUUAUUACUGUUGGCGGAUAAUGAGAAAAAAUUCUGACCAUCUAUUUCUUGCUUUUCUUGCUGACGUUCAAUCGAUUCAUCGAUAAAAUUAGUAAACUUUGUUUCAAAUUUGCUUAAUUUUAAUCAUUUUAGUAAUAAAUGCAGGGUUGGAAAAAAAUUAUUUGAUUUAAAUCAUAAUUUUUUACUCUGAUUUAAAUUAUAUUUAAAUCAAAACAACCUUGAAUAGGUGCAUAAUAAUUUUAAAUAUUUCCUACAGUAAUCAGGGUAAUUUCGGGAGUAAUAAUAAUGUUUGCUAAUAAUAAUACUAUAUAUAUGUAUAUACAUACAUAUAAAAAAAUAGUACAUGCUAAUGAUAGGUCUAUAUAUACAUAUUAAAAAAUAACAUAUUAAUAUAAUACUGUAUGAAGAUGGUUGUCGGCCACAGUCAUUGGCGGGGUGGGGCCAAUGAAUUGCUUUGUGAAAGACGAUAAGGAAAAAUAUCUUUCACAAUGCAACUCUAAUGGAUGGAGGCCAGUUUUAAUAAAAAAGUAGUAGUAAUAAAAAUGUAGUAGUCGUAGCAGUAGUGUGCUGUGUCUUUUUUUUUUUUCUUCAUAUAGCUACGUAUAUAUAAAUGACAACUGUUUUCUAAAAAUAAAUAUAUGUAUAUGUAAAAU